AAGACCAAAGAGUAAAAAGCGCACAGGAUAGGGUGUUCUAUACUUUGCUCAGAGCGUGGGGAGUCGGCUUCAAGCGAUCUCCUCCUUUGACCGUCCCUCAAUCUCCUCGUACAAAACACCCUUACUCGCUUCUAACCCGUUCGCGUUUCCGCCUCUGCUGCACUCGUCUUGGACGUGGGAUCACCGAAUUGCGGAGAGAUGGGCGAAUACACGGCCUUUUUCUAUGGAACGCUCAUGGCUCCCGGCGUCCUCCACCGCGUAAUCCACGGAACCCACACCCCCGAGUCGUGGCAGAAAGACCUAAUCACCGUGCGUCCCGCAAUGCUGCAAAACUACCGUCGACACAGAGUGAGACACGCAGAUUACCCUGCCAUAAUACCUCACUCCGGCUCUAGGGUCCGGGGGAGCCUGGUGACCGGACUGACGCAAGGUGAUAUCUAUCGAUUGGAUAUCUUUGAAGGCAGCCAGUACAAGAGGGAUGUGGUCAAGGCGCAUGUCUUGAAAGACGUCGAACUAGAUCAGGCUGCUCCUGAGCAAGACGGAGACGACCCCGAAGUCCUAGAAGAAAUCGUCGAAGCGCAAACAUAUGUCUGGCUUGAAGGUGAAGAGACGUUAGAGCCCGAAGAAUGGGACUUUGAAGCGUUCAAACGAGAUAAGAUGCGUGCUUGGAUGGGCAUUGUGGAGGACGAUGAUGUUGAGAUUGAUGAGGGCUUCGCCGACGUCGACAGAGCUGUUGCAGAGGAGGAUUCGCGGCGGACGCAGGAUAAGGCAGCGGAGAAGGGGCUGAACACAGCGAGACAUGAUCCAAUGGGCGGAAGAGGGGCGAAUGGGCAUAUCACGCAGCAGUUGAAAGAUGCAGCCGUGUAGAAUUCGCGGCAGCGCACGGGCAUAUGGGAUAGACUUCAGGAACCAAGUGGUUGCCAAUGGCCAUUGCGGAUAGAACUAGACGAUUUUGACAGCAAAAGAAAGACCUGACAUUAGAAA